AUGGCGGUGGAGCAAAAGCCAGAUGAGUCUUUGAGGGAUUAUAUCAAACGGUUUAACAACGAGGCAAAUAUAAUUCCAAAGUUACCACAGGAGAUAGCAGUUAUGCCUUUGAUGAACGGCUUGAACGAUUCUCAGUUUAAGCGUUAUCUUACAAGAAAGAAUUUGCCGACAUUGGCAGCAACUUUUAACAAGGCUCAUGAUUACAUCAAGAGUGAAGAAUUAAUGAAGACAAGUAACAAGAAUGUGUUUGCUGAAAAGGGAAAAUAUCAGUUUGAAGGUGCAUCCUCAAGAAGUGGAAGGCUGAGAACUUCGACCCUAGGUAGGGGAGGGGGAAAUCGGCAGGAGGUUAGGGCUGCAAAACCACCAAUGCGAUACAGUACAUAUACGCCCCUGAAUACGCCUAGGGCAGCAAUCUAUUCGGUGAAUCAAAACAGAUAA